AUGCGACUACUCUCUGCCUUGCAGUGUCAACUGACUGCAACAGUCAUUGUCACUUCCCUUCUUGCGCUCGCCAGCGCACCGACCGCAUAUGCCGAUAUCUGGAGCGAUGGCGGGGUCGAGAGUAACCUCCAAGUUGAGAAUAUUGCCCACGGGGCCGGACUACCGUUUGCGCUGGACUCGUUCAAUGGACUAGAGUUUUGGGAUGACGAAGACGAGGAAUCCACCGGGCUGGACCUGGUGCGAAGAGCCGUUGCUAUUACGUCUCUAGCAAACAAUAAUUUCCAGAGUACCAGCAUUAAAACUGGGGAUAUACAGUAUUGGUACAUUCCGGAUGAUGUGGUGAACGGUGAUCAUGGAACCGUCGGCAAAGGACUCCCUGACUACCUUGAUGAAAGUGGCAAUGUCGUGUCGCAUGAGGCGGCGCAUGAGCUUCGAAAGCGAGAGUUGUCUAAACGCGCAUCGACAACAGUUUAUGUCUCAUUGAACACAUGCUCUAGGCCCUCCACCAACACCACCGGCGCGGAAGGCUUGUUCCCUCAGCUGAAAGUCUACUACUCGACCUCGAAGAACCUGAAGUAUCCUGGACCGGGCAAGGAUGACUCGCUUCAGAAUGUCACUACGGCGAGCGAAGGCUACAUCGGCUUUGAAAUCGAGGCGGAGAGCGAUGUCUACAUCAGUGUUGUUGCAGACAACUCAACGUCCUAUUCCGGCUCAUAUAAUUAUGAACUUGCCAUAUCGAUCGAUGACUACUUCUUCAACGUGGUUCCGGAGGACCCGUUUCUGUACUUUGUCGACUCCGAUCAAAAUGCAGCGCUGCUGGUCACCAACAACCUGACCCAGUCCAAUUCCAGCUCGGAGAAUUUUCAAGAGUGGAUGGACCUGAAUCCUGCUCCCUAUACCCUGUAUGCCCACAACGUCAAUGAUACCUCAUUGAGCGGUUUGAAGUCCUCUUUUUGUGCGGUGUCGGCGCAUUCCCAGGUGGUCAGCAACCCGAGCAACACUGGAAUGACCAGCCGCGGACUGGGAAACAAGCCCAAGGAACAGUUCUACAUUUUGGGACUCAAUCGUAGUUCGACCUACAUAGGGAUAUUGGGUAUGAAUGGCAACUCGACGAGCUCUGGAAAUAACAUCGUUGGCGGAGGUGGAAUAGUAUGGCAGCCGAUGAAUUUCACCACGAAGACAGAGGAUAAUUGUGCCGUCUUAUUCAAUCUCACCUUCUGCUCAGAAGUCGCAUAUGCAGUCCCAUCCAACCCCAACAGAACAGUUGAAGCUCUACGAGAGAUAUACGACAACUACACGUCAAAAUACUACAAAAACUUCGAUUACUCCCUUCAGCAGAUCCAAUGCAACGCAACAGCCGACUCCAUGUUUUCAUUGGCCGUCAACUGUACAGACUGCGCGACGCAGUACAAACAAUGGCUCUGCAGUGUUAGCAUCCCCCGCUGCGCAGAUUUCACUUCCAACGAAACAUAUCUCCAAGUCCGCAAUGCAGGACAAGAUUUCAUCAACGGCAGUUCCUUACCAGCAGACGAUCCCCUCCGCUGGUCUGUCAUAACGAACCAAUCCCGCAAUCCCAUCAUCGACACAGACAUCAAACCUGGUCCGUACAAGGAGAUUCUUCCAUGUACAGACAUCUGUCACGACAUGGUGAAGAGUUGUCCCGCGGCAUUGGGAUUCGGUUGUCCGACUGGAAAAUGGUUAAACGCAUCAUACGGCUACCGAGAUCCAAACGGAGACAUCACAUGCAGUUACCUGGGAGCGGCCUAUUAUUUAAAUUUCGGCACGAGAUUAGGUGUCUGGGGAAGUGUGUAUAUGUUGAUUGGGAUGUGGGGAGUUUGGUUGAUAUUGUAG